AUGGCUCCUGUACCAAUUUCUACCAUCAACGUAGGACACAUUGAUGAUGUACAAGAAUUAAGAAGAACUAAACCUAAGACAGUUCCUCAAAGAUUUGUAAGAGACAUGACAGAAAGACCAACACUUCAAACAUCUCUUUCACCACUAAAUAGUGACAUGCCUGUCAUUGAUUUCUCUAAGCUUAGUAAAGGGAGCAAAGAGGAAUUGCUCAAUGAACUUUGCAAGCUUUCGGUCGCUUGUCAAGAAUGGGGAUUUUUUCAGGUGAUUAAUCAUGAGGUUGAGAUCAAUCUAAUGGAGAACAUAGAGGAUGUGAGUAAGGAGUUUUUCAUGCUACCUUUGGAAGAGAAACAAAAGUACCCUAUGGCUCCAGGAACAGUUCAAGGAUAUGGACAAGCUUUUGUUUUCUCAGAGGACCAGAAACUUGAUUGGUGCAACAUGUUUGCUUUAGGAAUUGAACCUCACUAUGUUAGGGACCCAAGUCUUUGGCCAAAGAAACCAGCAAAACUCAGUGAAACGAUAGAAUUGUACUCAAGAAAAAUAAAUAAACUUUGUCAAAAUUUGCUGAAAUACAUAGCAUUAGGCCUGAAUUUGGAAGAAGAUGUUUUUGAGGAGAUGUUUGGUGAAUCAGUACAAGCCAUAAGGAUGAAUUACUAUCCAACAUGUUCAAGGCCUGACCUUGUUUUGGGUUUGAGUCCUCAUUCAGAUGGAAGUGCUCUUACUGUGCUGCAACAAGCAAAGGGAAGCCCAGUGGGCCUUCAAAUACUUAAAGACAACAUAUGGGUCCCUGUCCAACCAAUUUCAAAUGCUCUUGUCAUCAACAUUGGUGACACAAUAGAAGUUCUUACAAAUGGAAAAUACAAGAGUGUGGAGCAUAGGGCUGUGGCUCAUGAGGAAAAAGACAGGCUUUCAAUUGUAACAUUUUAUGCUCCUAGCUAUGAAGUAGAGCUUGGACCAAUGCAAGAAUUUGUGGAUGAAAAUCACCCAUGCAAGUAUAGGAGAUACAAUCAUGGAGAGUAUAGUAAACAUUAUGUGACAAAUAAGUUACAGGGAAAGAGGACUUUGGACUUUGCUAAGAUGGAAAAUAUGAAUAAUACUACAAACUAG